AUGCAUGACUACUUCGCGAUUCCUCGCUCGCUUCUUCCUGUGAUAUUCAAGAGGACGAGAAAUGCGCCGCUGUCUCUCUCCCUUGACGGACAUACCCUCGAUGUGCUCCGGUCUCGCACCGUUGAAGAUGGUGCCGUCGUACAUUUCGACUUCCUACACCCAUCCGUCAGUCGCGCGGAGGAGUUGCGCCUCCUCUCCUUCACCAUGAAGACGUUCCAAAAGUUCGAGCGUUGGUUUCAGACACCACGUCACAACUUGCGACGGCUGACAAUCGACAUGGUGACCCGGGAGCAGGAUGGAUUCCUUGUACUUCCAGAGGCUCUUUGCUCCAGCCGCGUCCUUACGUAUCUGGAGCUUGACGGUUGUCUGCCCGAGCGCUGGACCUCUCCUAUAUUCAGCUCAUACCUCACGCACCUCAUUCUACGACUCUCAUGGAUCCAUGACGGCGCCGACUAUAUGCCCACCGCUGUUCAGUUUGCGGAUAUCCUCGCUGCGACGAACUCGCUCGAAAGCCUCGAGCUGGAAGACGUCUUCCCCAAGGUCGACCCUGAAGCGUCCUAUCCUCCCAUGGUGGUCCCAGACACCUUACACUCGUUGGUUCUUCUCAGCCUGAAUGGUAUCACUCGCAAGCAUCAGUGUUUAUCCUUCAUGGCUCGUUUACGAGCUCUUCAUGAUAUACACUUCGAAGCUCUAAUCUUCGACCACACGGGCGCUAAUGCGGACGACGUCGUCAUCGCGAGGGAGCUCGAUCCGCUCGUCAUCACCGCUGUUUGUAACAUGUAUCGGCAGCAACCAGGCCUUCCUCGGCACGCCAUCAUAGACCAGCAGGCGCUUCUCACGUUCAACUCGCGAAGCUCCCGAUCGCCUGAGCGCGCCUGGCCCUUGUCCUUGGAACCAGACACAUUCGCGGACAUUCCCGACGCCACUUCCCUCCUUGCUUUCAACUUCGACGCAGGCGAUGUUGAAGAGGACAGAUCACGUCCCUUAUACGCACUCUCCGUCCCUCUGCAUGGAUUGGAAACCAUUUCCUGGACGCGCGAAGGAGCUCGCGUCUACCUCGAGAGCAACGACUGGUGGCGAGCGUCGAGAGAAGCUCGAGGCAUCGAUCGCAUCAGUGUCCACGUCGGUGACUGUGCGUUGUUACUGCCUCUUACCGAGCGCGUUGCGGAGAACGCCACCGCUUUCAUCAUAUUCCCCAAGCUCAAAACCAUGCAUAUCCGAGUUGAGGAUCCUUACACCGUUGACGACACCGAGCUCAACGCUCUGCAGGACGCGUGCGCGGAGAAUCUUGCUGCUCUUCACGCUAUCAUACGCCUUAGGAAGGAACAUGGAGCACAGUUGGAUUCACUCGUUGUCGACGAAGCCCUGGAGAGAUGGGCGAUUUGGUCUGCCAUUUCAGCUGAUCUUUCUAACCCCGUCACUUUCUGCGCCUUCGACUCUUACAUGCGAUCGACAGGGACGCACAUCUAA